UCCAGCCUGGACAGAGGCUACCGAAGCCCCUCCCUUCCCAGGAAUGUCCCGGCCCCGCAGAAGGAGCACGGCCACGUCAGCCAAUCGGCGCCGGCGCUGCCCUGGAAACAACACCUGUUAAUCCCCCUCCCGGCAGGCUCACCUGGGUGCAGGUUAGGCAGGUGAAGCGUCUCCCCGGAAACGGAGCUAGCGCGCCCCACCUGCCGGGUCCUGCCUGCUCAAAUCGGAUCCUACGUGUCCAGGCUGCUCGAACCAGCGGUGACAGCUGAGGCCAUGUGAGUGGAUCCUGAAUGAGGCUUUAUCUCAGCAGUUAGUCCCAUCGCUCGCUCGCUCUCGGUGUCACCAGCCCGCUGGGCCAGCCGGGAUGGGACAGGCGACUGAGACAGUCAAAGCUGGAGAGGUGAUGAUAACCAUAGCUUGGACUGAGAAGGGAAUGAGUCUCGGUUCCUGCAGCCUCCAAGCAGGUGGUGGAGAUACCAGGCCAGGAUCUACAUCCUCGGAUCGCUGACUCUGACCUUCUGUCCUGACCCAGCCAUGUCGGAGCAAGCUCAAGCCCCAGUGGGCCAGGGGCUGCCCCCGGAUGUGUUGGCAGAGCAGGUGGAGCUGUGGUGGUCCCAGCAGCCACGGCGAUCCUUGCUCUGCUUCUCUGUCGCCGUGGUCCUUGUGGCCGCCUGUGGGGCAGGUGGUGUGGUACUUCUGUCAUCCACCAGCAGCCGCUCUGGAGAGUGGCGCCUGGCUGUGGGUACCGUGCUUUGUCUGCUGGCCCUGCUGGUUCUGGUAAAACAGCUGAUGAGCUCCGCUGUGCAGGACAUGAACUGCAUCCGCCAGGCUCACCACGUGGCCUUGCUGCGCAGUGGAGGAGGGGCCGACUCCCUCGUAGUGCUGCUCAGUGGCCUUGUGCUACUGGUCACUGGUCUGACCCUGGCUGGGCUGGCUGCUGCCCCUGCCCCUGCCCGUCCACUGGCUGCUAUGCUGUCUGUGGGCAUUGCCUUGGCUGCUUUGGGCGCACUCUUGCUGCUGGGCUUGUUGCUGUAUCAGGUGGGUGUCAGUGGACACUGUCCACACUUCCGAGCAGCUGUCCCCUCCACCCACCAUGGCCACAAUACUAGUAGCACUGUCUUUAGCAUCUCGGGACAGUUGUCUUCUGGCCAGCGUCAUGAAACCACCUCCAGCAUUGCCAGUCUCAUUUGACAGCAAAGAUUUCCAUCCUUCCCAUGGCCUGCCCAGUGUUCUCAUAACUACAGGGACAGGCAUAUAUGCAUGCAUAGGUGUGUGUUUCAGGGCUAUGCCAGCCCUUCCAUGGAAAAGCAUGAUACGUGGUUAGGAGUCCAUGGGAAGGUGUGCACCUCUUUGAAACAUCAUAUUUGCGUCUCGGGACUGUCAUUCUGCCUGCCCAGGUCUGGCAGAGGUAUAUCCGGUACCCCUGAUCAUUCUUGACCCGUCAUUCUAAGACCAACUCCAGCCUUGAUUUGUAACACCAUCAGGGAUUUCCUCAGGACUGACUGUUGCCCACCCAGGACAGCAGCUGUGACUGCUUUUCCGGGAGAGUGACUUAUGGCAAAGCAGAAGGAGCGUGGGUUCUGGAAUGAGCUGGGCCUGGACUGGAAUCCUGGUUGAGUACCUAGCAGCUGGGGCCUCAGGCAGGGGACUUCUCUCUGGCCUCAGUUUCUUAGGAUCGUGUUUCCACUGAAGAUCAAAAUUAAAUGCCACCAUGGAUGAAAGGACUGGGCUCAUGGAAGAUGUGCAAUAAAAUGGUGGUUGCUGUUGUCA